GAAUAAUGACAUGAGGAGAGUUGUGGCACAACUGGUCUUCCACAGCCCUUGAAGCACAGCUACUCCCUCUCUUGGCCAGCUCUCUGAAGACAAGGGUUUUUGAAACAAUGCUGUGAAGUCACAAACUUCAAGAUACUUCAACGAGGAAACAAGCAGAAGAGCCCUAAUUUUCUGACAUCAACAGCCUGCAGCAGGAUCAGCGUGUCUUUCACUUUUUACCUUUAAAGAAUGAACAGAUUAGACAAAGCAUGGGGGUGAAGCAGGUUAGAUGCGAUUGCUUGGCGUUCAUUAUAAAGGUGGGUGUGGCAUAGACCACAUUACUACCCAGCGGACGGAACAUGUGACGCUACGCUGUCUUACUACUACCAGCGUCGUUUGAAUCCACGGUUAAAGCUCACUGCAGCUGCGAGACCCUCCAGCUCCACAGGUGGUGUUUUUCUACAGUUGCAGCAUGCAGCCAGGUGUUUUAAGAAGAAGCCAGCUGCUGGAUUCUCUGAAGGCGUACCUGAGCAACAAGGAGAGACUACAACCCAUAAUAGGCUUGGGCUGCAUUACAGAAUGUGUGAAGGCUGGUGCGUGGAGCACAGAAGCGCUGUACGUGUGUGGGGCGUGCGUGUGUCGCCUCAGUAAGGCUGACAUGCGUAACCACAUACUGGGAAGUCUCCACAGAUUCAACUACAUUAAAACCUGGCACCCUCACUUGGUAUCAAAAUGGCAGGAGAGCUCCGACCUGUCCAAGCUGGCGUGGCCGCUGAUGGAGAUGGCCAAGAAGCUUGAGGAAAAAGAGGGACCGGGAGACAUCCAGUUGUUAGAGGUUGAAGAUGGUGUAUACCAGAGGAUGGAAACAUCCAGUGAAAAUGAUGCAGUAACUCUCAUAGGUUCCUUAAGAGAUGCACAGGGUGAAACUGAGAGUUAUCCAGAGACUACAGCUUUGCACUAUCCCACUGAAUCCCAGAGGACUGUAGUGUUUGCACAGAACCAGCCCACACGGUCCAAGAAAUCCUUCAAGGCUGACACAAACUCAGGCAAGAUCUCAGCGCACACUAACAAGCCAGCACCGCAGCUGAUGCAUGCAAACUUUGAUCCUUCUGUUAAGUCAGAGGUCUACUUAGUCAACCCGUUCACAUCCCAGUUGGAUUCUCCCGAACCCUUUGUGUUUUCAGAGCACACCAGCAGCUUUCCUGAUGACUACACUGGAACCAAGACUCUCAUAGGUCUCGACUGUGUGGUCGAGUAUAGAAGUGAAGAUGGCUGCUCUUACUGUUUCUUAUGCCACUGCUGCCGCAUCAAAUCCAACAAGAAGGACAUCACUGAACACCUGACCAGCCCCUCACACCUCAUCAACUACUUGAUGGAAACUCAUCCUGAGGAGGUGACUGCGGAGCUUAAAGACAAACCUCACCUUCUUCAGUCUUUGGCAAAGAAAGUGGAGCGAGAAACGGGGCGAGGAGAGUUGAAGGUAGUGCAUGUUCCAGAAAACCUUUGUGCGCUACUCACUGGCAAAAGUUACCACUGGUGCAUAAAGAUGCUGCAAUCUGGAUGGAAAGGUGCUGACAUUAAAAAAAAGGAAGUGGAUGCCAAAGGGCUGAGCAUGAACCAGACAUCCGCUGAAGGCAUGUCAGAGAAAUGCACUUUAAUGAAGUCAAAGAGGAAGAAAAGAGUAAAAGCAAAGAGAGAGACUGUUUUUAAUGUCAGCCUGCCUAUUACCAAAGGUUUAUUACUGAUGAAGAGGAUGUCUUUCAGCAGCAAAAGCCUCCCUCCAUCAGCUACAUCCCCUCCCUUUAAUUUAGAUCUCACGUCCUCCCCGGGGUCAGAGAUUGUGGAGUUAGACUGUGAUGGUUUGUCAUCUGAACUAAACCAUGCAGAAACCUCUCCACUACAGCACAGCCCCUGUGAUGGAGGUCCAGAGACUGGUGGGUACACGCCAGAAGGAAACUUUACAAUAUUAGCUGUGCCAUCUUCCUCUAACUCUUCCUACGGACAUAGGGAGUGUUGGACCGAGGAGGGGUAUAAGCCAGCUGCAGAGGAUAAGAAUGGAACAAGAGAGCAGGGUUUGAGAGAAGAGGCACGCAUAGACGCUGGUCCACAUUAUUACCAACAACACUUUCAGAAUCCGCACAUGCCGUGCGAUAAUGCAAGUCUUCAGACGGGCAGUGUAAGUGGGUAUUACGAUGUAUGGGGUCAUCUGGGUCCUUAUAUAAAUAGUGCUGGUGUGAACAUGCUAACUCAAUCAGUAGAUCCCUGUGUGUACAGCGGCAGCAUUGCACACUACACAGCGCUCACCAAUGACUGUGCCCAGGCAGCUCCACACAAUUAUGGGAUACCGACUACAUCUUAUGAAGCCAGUCAAGGACCGCGUGGGUGGAUGUCUUACCCCAGCUACAACACUGGCUCUCUGGCAAACCCUGGCCAGCACUUUCUCCCUCCAGUCUGCAGUAGUGUUACGGACUGGAGUCUAACACACUCUUAUGCCUUCAGCCAACCUUCUAAACCUCAGUGUGCUGCGUCCCAAACUGAUCUGUAUUUCAGCUGAAUCAAAUCACAUUUGGAUGGUCCAGCGGGGGAUUUACUUGCAAUGUGACUUUUUUUUUUUUUUUAUAUUCUUUAUUUUUUUAUUAUAGUUCUGCUGAUUUCUGUAAUGAAUGUGAGCCUGCUGAUGGAGGUGCAGUAAUAUAAGCAGUGUCGGGUUUUUUUGUUUUUUUUUUGUUUUUUGUUUUUUUUGUCUGCUGGGACUUUUAGGUUUAAACUUUGUGGAGACUGAAAGUCAAAGAGCACCAAUGAGGUGAAACAGCACUCCUUAUCCACUAAUCCAGUCGUUAUAAGAGAAGUAGAAGAAUUGAAGAUACUGAGCAUUUAAAUAGAACUCACUCGUGUAUUUCCAAGUUCACAUUCAGUGAAGGCUGAGAAACGUGCCCGUAAACACUAAACAGCUGCCUGUGUGUAUAUUUUUAUUCUUUUAUUGUGUUUGUUAUGAAGUUGUUCAAACUGGCUAUUUGUUUUCUGUUUUUGACCGUUACAGCAGUGUUUUUUUUUUUGUUUUGUUUUUUUUGUUUUUUUUGUUUUGUUUUGUUCUUAAAUCUACAUUUAUGCCUUUUUAACUCCAGAAAACAAGACAAAUGUGUGAAACAUCACAUUAGGUUUAAGUGGAUUCACUGUAUUUUUUUAGGAGAAAUAUUGAGAUAUGUUUGACUGCUUUUAUGAAAUUAAAAAACAGUUUUUUAAAACA